ACUUUCCUUGAUUGAACUGCUUUUCCUGCGGGCAUCCCAUGUCCUGAUGGCAUCCCGUUUUUAUCUAUUCUGGGCCUGCAAGUAGCGUAUUCCGUCGCGUGCACCGUUCCCUCGUUCCGUCUGCGCCCUGCGGCGAAAGUGUCCUGGCCGUUCUGGCCCGUUCUGGCCUCGGCCACCGAGUUUUUUUCUGCCGAACAGGCGGUUAUUCUCAAGGUAAUUUCUCCCAGGAGCACAGCUCCAGAAUCUCAGGCAAUUUCUUCCUCUGCCGGAGCCAGAAUGUCCCGCGCGGUCUACGCGAAGCUCUGGGCCAGCACGGCUCAAUACACACAACGCAGACAUUAUGCGUGGUACCAGAUCUGGUCGCGCGUGAUUCCCUGGUCCGUGCCUUGGGGCAUCUUCGCGAUGUGGAUGGUGUUCCCCGCCAUGCCAGUUGAGUAUCGUCAGGCGCUGACUUUCGGCAUUUGGCAAAAACCGAACAUUGGCACUCACGGACCGGAUCCUGCCGACGCUAAGAAAUAGACAGUGACCGAGAGCAUUUCAUUGGGAAGUACGGCUCAACAACACGGUCGCCAAACUCGCAGUUCCGAGAGGUACUGUGGCUGUCUCGCCGACCGAUAGCGGAACGCGCAUUUGAUUUGUCCGGCGCGCCGCUGGCCCUCUUCUGGACACCUGCAGGGUAUAACCCCGGUGGACGCUAAACGCCGGAUACAGAAACCAGUGAGGUAUGGGAGUCAGGAUAGAAACUUCUCGGGGGCUUGGUCUCGCCAACUGCCCUGGAAGUCCUACCCCCGCAAACACCUCAGCCUACUGACGGUGGGUUGCUGAUGUAUCUUUGGGUUUCUCGUAUACACGUGCUUUUUCGGAGCUCGCGAGACGCACAGAUCUGUGCACACAUUACAUUCUGUGGAACAGCUCCGGGUUCCAUCACCGAGAUGGCCUACACAUCUCGCGUGGAUGUGCGCUUGCAUGAUCUAAAUUCCUGUUGCGCUUCGCUUCUCUGUUCCGUAAUCAAGGCUCAAAGCUGAUUCACUCCUCUAACCAGGAAGCAAAGGACCUCUACGUUCAUGCGUGAUAAGUCCUGCCUGUCUCUUUCCCCUUCGGUGAGGGUGCACCGGCGCCUUCACCACAUUCCGACACUUGAG